UUGUUAGCACGGUCUUACUAAUGAGAACGCAACAAUAGACCGAAAAAAACGAAAUCGCCCAGAAAACAUAUAGUUCUAGGUGCAAUUGAGCUGAUAUUUUGAUGUAAAGUGCCUGCGAACCCAAGAACUUGCAAUGGAGGCAACGUCUGCUAAAAUCACACCUCUGGCCACUUCCACGUCCACUUCCGGAUGCACAAACUCCAAUGCCAGCGACAAAAUGAACUACGCACUGCAAGUUGCCCUACAAACAAUCAAAGAAAGAUGCAUCCAGUUGCAACGCCGCGUGGCCAACAUGGAAGAGGAGAACCAGCGAUUGAGAGAGGUCUCGUCGAGGUCAGAAGGUGCUCCGUCUGUAAGCGGGGUCUCCGGAGAUGUCCUCUCCCUACGCGCACAAGUAUCCGAAUUGCAGCGCCAAAAGGAGCAGCUAGAGGAACACAUUGGAAUGGUGUCCAACGAAAACCGGCGUUUAUGGUCUCGCCUGUCGCAGAUCUCCAAGGAUCAGCAACUAAACCAAGUGCCUAGCUCUCCAGACUCCCGUGCGCAGCAAAACCAAAACCUUGUGCGCUCCAAGACAUUCACACAGCACUCUCCCAAUCCUCAUCUGCGCCAAAAAAUGCUCUCCGAUGGCCUAAAGGACCUUAGUCUGGAGGAGAUUGCCCUAGAUGACUUUGGUGCCAGUAAUGAAGAACUAGGUUACCCCUACAAUCUGCAAAAAGUGGAGGAAACCACUAGCGAACUAGAUGCCAAUGUGGAUGCCAAAAAAUGCAUGGACGGAUUGCAGGAGAUGAGGCGGGAGGCCAUGAAGCAGCAGCAGGAGCUCAGUUCGGCUCUGACUUUAUUAGAAAGUCGCAUAGCACUGCAUCCCUGUCCGGAGUGCGCCCAGAAAGUUGCUAAAAAGCCGGAGAUGGCCGACAAAAGCCUGGAAACGGAUGACAGCCUCACCAGCGAACUGAAGAACUGUGAAAGCCAGCACAAUGGACACAAUGGAACGCCGCCCAGCCAAAGGAUUAAUAUCAUACAAGAGAAAAUCAAGGCCGAUGCAGCCGAUGCCAUGGAGAAGACUUGUCCCAUGUGCGGUAAACAGUAUUCCAGUCAGGUGUCCUUUAACGCCUUCCGAGAGCACGUAGAGAUGCAUUUCAUCGAUGAAGGCCUUGAUUUAGAGGCGGAGAACAGCGUGGAUCGGCAAUUCGAGUUCAUAUCCCAUGCGGUGGGCGACUUCUGACCCAGCAAGCGCAUCUAUUUCGCCACCGAGCUUUGAUACAGGGUAAAAUCCCAAGUUUAGAAUGCAGUUUGACUGUCCAGAAACCGCGUGCUUGUUACGUUUUUAUUGAUUAGGCCUUUAAGCGUACAUAUAUCACAAUUUGGUUACAUUAUAUCUAAAUUAUAUAUAAUAUCUACCGUGAGUGUGCAUGAAUACUUAGUUGUUAGUGACAGAAUACGAAAUACAGUUUAAUGUAAAGCCUGAAAAAAUGUUAAGCCCCUUUCUUCGCUGGGAAAAGUGAAACCGACCAGGCCAACAUAUUCAUUAUUAUAUC